GAACCAAAGAUAAUAGCAUCUUUUUCUCCUUCAUAUUUUUGGUAUUUUGUUUGGUGAAUUGUCGUCGUCGUCUUUUCUUCUCCAACAGAAUCAGAAUGUCUUACGCUUACCUUUUCAAGUACAUAAUAAUCGGUGAUACUGGAGUGGGGAAAUCGUGUCUUCUUCUCCAGUUCACCGAUAAGCGGUUUCAGCCAGUACACGAUCUCACUAUCGGUGUUGAAUUUGGGGCCAGGAUGAUCACCAUCGACAAUAAACCCAUUAAGCUACAAAUCUGGGACACCGCAGGUCAAGAAUCCUUCAGAUCCAUUACCAGGUCCUACUAUAGAGGAGCUGCUGGUGCCCUGCUUGUUUACGAUAUUACUAGGAGGGAAACUUUUAAUCACUUGGCUAGCUGGUUGGAGGAUGCCAGGCAGCAUGCUAAUGCUAACAUGACCAUUAUGCUCAUUGGUAAUAAGUCUGAUCUUGCUCAUAGGAGGGCUGUAACCACCGAGGAAGGCGAGCAAUUCGCGAAGGAGCAUGGUUUGAUCUUCAUGGAGGCCUCUGCCAAAACUGCUCAGAAUGUUGAGGAGGCAUUUAUAAAAACUGCUGCAACCAUAUACACAAAGAUUCAGGAUGGAGUUUUUGAUGUCUCAAAUGAGUCGUAUGGCAUAAAAGUUGGAUACGGUGGAAUUCCAGGGCCAUCUGGAGGCCGAGAUGGUUCUUCUUCUCAAGGUGGCGGCUGCUGCAAUUGAAAUUCCAACUUCUCAUUUUUUUAAAUGGAAUACAGCUUGUUCAUGUAACUUCUUCAUUUAUUCUUCUAGUUCCCUGUUUAAUUUGAUAGUCCCUGAAUACGGUGUAGAGUGUGCUUUAUAUAAUCCAUUUAGAUAUGUUCUCCAUUGGGUUGUAACUUUGAUUUCUUUAGUGAGAACUAUGAUGAAAUGAAAUUGUGAAGAAUAUGGGGAGUUGAUUUUUUU